AUGAGGAUGAGAGGGCGCAGCCGGCUCAAAUGGGAACUGAAGAACUCGACGGAUAUGCGGGAGUCUGCUUCCAACGGUUGUGAAGGAUGCGAAUUCUUUCUUGCUGCCAUAAAGCAGUUCUCAGAUACUUAUCAAUUGUCCGGAGCUUUCGAAGCUUUCGUAAAGCGAGCCGAACCUAUUCUCUUUGUUUCCAGUGGUGCUGAUAGCUACUCGCUCGAGACCAUCAUUGGCGAUCAUUUCAAUCAUGUGUGCAUUGAACUAUGCGCAGCAGAUCAAGAUGCCUCUAAUGUUUUCAGGGAAGGAAGGAGACUGAUACCACAGGAUCCCAAUUCACCCGAGGUGUUCGAGCUUGCCCGACUAUGGUUGGCUCGCUGUACUCAACAUGAUCACUGCGAAGCUCAAGAGGAAACACCUCUUCCCACAAGGCUCAUCGAGGUUCCAGAUAAUCCCGAAUUGCCUCUGCGCAUAUACGUUACCCAACAAGAUUCGCAUAGCAAAUAUAUGGCUCUUAGUCACUAUUAG